CAAAACCAGCGAGGUCAGUCAUGUCAUCCUGCCUUCCACUGUGCUCUGGUUCCAUUCGAACUUUCCUUUGAUUGAAUCAUCGGCAGUCAUGGCUACCUCCGUGGAGGAACACGGACAUAGCAAGAUUCUUCAUGGCAUGGGACUGAAGGGGAAGAUGACUAAAGAGGACGUGCUGGGGGAGUACUCUGAAGGAGACGUGGUCCUGGACAGGUACAGAGCUCUGCGCCAUACUGCCCCUCGGACAGUGAUUCACCAGGUGGCAUCAGCCCCCAUGCCCAGUGAUUCUGAUUUCUCCUUCUUUGACCCUGGAGACCCACAGUGUAGGGAGGUUCUGUUCGACCCGCACACUACAGUGCCUGAGCUAUUCGCUGUGCUCAGGCAAUGGGUGCCCCAGGUGCAGAAGAACAUUGGUCUCAUAGGCAAUGAGAUUCUGAAGAGAGGCUGUGGUGUCAAUGACAGAGAUGGGCUUACAGACAUGAGCUUACUCCAUUACUGCUGCAAGGCAGGGGCUCCUGGCAUUGGUGACGCGGCAGAAGCUGCGAGCUUCGCCCGGAAGCUGUUGGCUCUGGGCGCUGAGCCAUCGCUACGCAGCCGCUGGACCAACAUGAGCGCCCUGCACUACGCUGCCUACUUUGAUGUCCCACCCCUGAUCCGCGUGGUGCUGCAGGCAGCCCCGCCUGGAGAAGUCGACGCCACCUGUAGUGAUUUUGACUUUGGCACGGCACUCCACAUCGCCGCUGCCAACCUCUGCACCGCAGCCGUACGCUGUCUGCUGGAGCUCGGGGCGAAUCCUGCAUUCAGGGAUGACAAAGGACAGUGUCCUGCAGACGUGGUGCCAGAGCCCCUGGACAUGCCUCUGGAGCUGGCAGACGCCGCGGCCCAGGCCAAGGAGCUGAGGGCCCUGCUGCAAGAGGCCCUGCCCUGCCCCAUUGCUCCUCUCCCUCUCCUGCCUGGGCGAGUCCUGAACGUGCUGUCAGACAAGGCCUGCGCGCAGCUCUCCCGCAUGGGCCUCCGCAUCGGGGACAAGGUCGUCAUCGCCGGCCAGAAGGUGGGCACACUGCGGUUCUGUGGUAGCACUGAGUUUGCUGGGGGUCUGUGGGCAGGAGUAGAGCUUCAGCACGCAGAGGGGAAGAAUGAUGGAUCUGUAGCAGGUGUCCAGUACUUCAGUUGCCCCAUGAAACAUGGAAUCUUUGCUCCUCUCUCUAAAAUCAGUAAGCUCUCAGAGCGCUGGCGACCCAGCCCCCGGCAGUGUGCUGCACCCGUCCGCCCCCCUCGCCACAUCGACCUUGCCCGGGUCAGGUCCAGGAUCUACACAGGUUUAGCAGCUAUAAAGGCCAAAUCCUUCCCAGUGCCUGAAGCUGGUAUGGAUGAGCUGUCAGACAUUAAGACAGGUCCUCUCUCACGGAGCUGUUCCACAUCCUCCUCCUCCUCUCUGGACUCCAGGCAGGCUCCGGCCCGCUACCCUCCGCUCCCCACUCCACGGCAGCGACGCCCCUUGCGGCCACGGCAGGACCUCGCACUGCCAACCGCCAGAUCCACAUUUCUGCCACCACCUCCCCGCCCCCGCUCACUCGGCAGCACCCCAUUGUCUGGGGUGGCCCGUAGCAGGACACCGUCAGCUGGCAGCUCUGUAAGUGAGCUUCCCGAGGUGCAUUUAGGGGAGCGUGUUCUCGUGGUGGGACAGAGGACAGGAGUUGUCCGUUUUUAUGGCAAGACCAGCUUUGCCCCAGGCUUUUGGCUGGGUAUUGAACUGGACAAGCCCAGUGGGAAGAAUGAUGGUUCCGUGGGAGGGGUGAAGUAUUUCAGCUGCCCCCCUAAACAUGGAGUGUUUGCCCCACCCUCACGAGUCCAGCGGAUCCAUGGGUCUGUGGAUUGCCUGUCAGUGCUGUCCUCCUCUCGGCAUAAUCGCACCUUCAGCGGAAUCCGUCGUAGUUUUAGCACCUCUUCAGCCAUUGUUGCACAGCGGGAACCGAAUCAGAACAAUUCAGCUAACCGCAGCUAUUCAUCGAGUGUACGGCAUCGCUGGAGCACGCCGGGUGCAGCUCGGACAGCCCUCCGCCUGUCCGCAGCCCUUCUGCGAAGGCCGGGAAGCUCUGCGGCGCCUGGCAGCUCCACAAGUUCAGAGAGCGCCGUCAAGCUACACCUGGGAAUGCAGGUCCUGCUUAGUGGAGCCAAUGAGAUGGGCACCAUCCGCUACCUGGGCAUGGCUGACUUUGCCCCAGGUCUCUGGCUGGGCCUGGAGCUUCGCAGCGCCAAGGGGAGGAAUGACGGCUCGGUGGGCUGCCGCCGUUAUUUCAGCUGCCGGCCCAGCCAUGGCGUGCUUGUGCGGCCCAGCAGGGUCACCUACCGUGGUAUCAAUGGCGCCAAGCUAGUGGAUGAAUCUAGCUGAGGCAGUGGACACUCAUGGAGGCAUGAGCCAAUGUGCGCCAGCUCCUGCCCGCUCUCACCUGCUUCCGCCCACUCCCGCUUGCCUCUCAGCUUUCCCACAGUCCCCUUUUCUAUCCAGCACAGACAGACUGGAGCAUGGAAUGAGAUGAUGCAGCAGGUGCCAAAGGUGAGGUGCUAAAGCACUUUGGAGGCAGGAAGGAAGGGUUUAUAAGCCCAUGUAAUGAAGACUGCUUUGUUUUUAUUGUCUAAAGAGUUAGUUUACUUUUGAUGUGAUUAGAGUCAUUAAAAAACUUGUUUUGGAAGUUGUUUUCAUUUCUUAGAGUAACUCUAAUCCUAACCCUAUCCUUAAUGUUUCAUGUAGUUUAGGUUAUAAAAUAUGGUGAUAAGGUGAGCAGUAGCAAUUUCUAAGCACUUUAACAAAAUACAGUUUAAGGCAGUGAGUUUUGUUAAACAUCAUUGGCUUUUUACUUAUCUUUCUAUUUUGACCUUUAAAUGGAAUCAGUCCUUAAUGAUUUCGGAAGGUGAUAUUGAAGGUAAUGUGGCUUUAAUAUUUUUGUCUUUAUUUGGGCUUCAUGAUGGUGCAUAGCACUUUACAUACAAAUAUUUAUUGUUGAUUGAGGGGAAAAAUAUUGCAUGAAAUAGCACUUUAUGACACUUAAAAUUCAAUCUUGUCACAUUUUUUUUCCCUUGCAAUUUGAAGUUAGCUUCAUAAUUCCCCAGGAAGGAAUACACUUGAUUGCUAUAGGCUCCAUUUGGUAUUGCUGUUUUUGUUAUAGCAUUAAUGAUAUCUAUAGAGCAAGGGAAUCUUAAUGGAGCCACUCCAUCAAAGCCAGUGCUGUGUCAGUAUCAUUUAAAUCAUUAUCCCAGUCCUCUGUUUUAUUACCAUCUGAAAGGGCUCCAGAUUUUCGAGAGCUAUACAAAAGUCCAUUACAAAGCAAAAUGGUGUCUGCAAUGCAGAGGUUUUGACCUGUAUGAAGUGUUUUUUUUUGUUUUUGUUUGUUUUUUCUCUGUCAUGUAUUAUUAUAUAAACUAUAUUUAUGAACCAAGAAAAGUAUUAUUAAACUGUAUAUUUAAUGUCCUAUCAGGAGGAACAUCCAGGUUAUUAUAUAGACUAAUCUGCAAGAAAGAACCACUUGUUUCAAAAUUCUACUAAACACACUCCAUCCCUUUUGACGGUGGAGUGUAUUAAUCUCAUGUUUCUAUUGCACUAUAUGCUUAAAAUGGCUCAAAUGAAUUGAUCAGUCUUUUUUUGGGGGGGGGGGGUUAGUGUGCUGAGUUGGAGAGAAACAAGAUAUUUCCAGAUAAUAGCAUAUGAUGGAUGUAAAGUAACACCAAAGUGGUAUUAGCCAGGCCGAGAGAUGCUGCUUUUAGGAAAGGGAGAGUUUCUAGGUGCAAACCUCACUAUUAUACAAUUGAGCCAUUCUGUGGAGACAUAGACAUGACUCAUUGUUUACAUAGUACUGCAUCUCAUGUUUUCUCCAUCCUUCUUUAAGACAGCCAAAAAAUGCAGCAACUCAGAUAGGGUUGGGUUGGCAGGAGUUAAGAAUAAAGGAGAAAAAUAAACCUCUACUUAAUCAUCAGAGAACCUUCCCAUUUUCAGUGUCCAGUAUUAUGGAUGUUCAGUUUUGUUUAGCAGUAUGUUGAUAUGUAUGUUUUCUGGAUUUAUCUCAUGCUUUAUGUACAUAUUGGAACUAUAUGGUUUGUGGUUUGUUAUAUGGUUUGUUUAUAUGCAAAAGAAUUCUUGUCAAAUAUCCAAUUAAUAAAGAUUAUAAUAAAAAAGUCA